AUGACGCAGGCCAGCUACAACGCUUUAUCUGCACCGCCAGUACUCAGUCCGUGCCAGACACGUAUGAUUGGGCCUGAUGGGAACCAGCUCACGAUACAGGGUGAGUUCCAUACUUGUGCUGUGUUCCGUGAUGUACAGUACCCAGUCACUAUCCUGGUCAUUGCCACUGGUGGUGUCAACUUGUUGAGCAGGCAGACAUCUGAACAGAUGGGCCUAGUACAACGUCUUCAUGUUGGCUCUUCAGAUGCCCAGCCGAAAAUCGGAUGCAUGCUAGGCAAGCCAGUCGAGAUUGAGUUGAAGCCAGACUGCAAACCAUACAACUGUGUAAAUGCUCGACGCAUUCCAAUACACAUUCGCCUCAAGGUUCGCACCGAGCUGGAGCGUAUGGAAAAAGCAGGUGUCAUCACAAAAGUCGAGCAGCCGACCGACUGGUGUUCACCCCUCGUGUCGGUCCUCAAGCCGAACGGUAACGUGCGUAUCCCACUCUCCGAGGAAGCGUCGUUGCUGACGACGUUUAUCACUCCCUAUGGCCGCUUCAAGUUCGAGCGCCUUCCCUUCGGCAUAACGAGCGCGCCUGAGAUAUUCCAGCGCCGGCUACAAGGUCUACUCAGCGAUAUUCCCAACGUAGCAGUGUUCAUAGACGACAUCAUCGUCUAUGCUUCAUCGAUGGCUGAGCAUGAUGCUGCUCUGCUCGCCGUCGAGAACCGACUCCGCGAUGCCGGUCUGACACUGAAUCCGAACAAGUCUAAGUUCAGAUGCACGUCCCUAAAGUACCUGGGCCAUCGGAUCAGCGACAAGGGUGUCCACCCUGACCCAGCUAAGCUGGAUGCCAUUGAGCGCCUCGCAGCACCAGCUGAUGUGGAAGAGCUCCGUCGUGCACUCGGACUCUUCACGUACCUCUCCAAGUUUCUGCCGUCAUUGUCGACCGUAGCCGCCCCACUGCGCGAGCUACUCCGGUGCGACGCGACGUGGCAAUGGACCAAAGCACAUGAGCUAGCUUUCACAGAGCUCAAAUGCCUAGCUGCCUCAGCCCCGUGUCUCGCGUACUACGACCCGUCUGCACCGACCAUCGUCACGGCUGAUGCGAGCAGCUAUGGAUUGGGUGCUGCACUGCUACAGUUCCACGACAAUGAGUGGAAGCCGGUCGCGUACGCCUCACGCACCAUGACAGCAGCAGAGAAACGGUAUGCCCAGAUCGAGAAAGAGCUCCUCGCCUCGGUCUGGGGAUGUGAACACUUCCAUCAAUACCUCUACGGAGCGCCCCGAUUUACCAUUCAGACGGACCACAAGCCGCUGGUCCCACUAAUGAACACGCGUGACCUCGACCGAGUACCUCUACGCUGCCAACGUCUACUGAUCAGACUUAUGCGCUACGAUGUACAGGCGGAGUACGUGCCUGGCAAGAACAUGGUUCUCGCCGACACGCUGUCCAGAGCUCCUCUUCCUGACACGCCAGCAACCGAAUCUGACCUACACAGUGACUCGGAAGCCACCAUCGCCGCUGUCCUGUCGUCUCUAUGCAGUCCUACCAAGCAACACGCUCUCGUUACAGCCACUGCUGACGAUCCAGUCCUGCAACAAGUAAUCCAGCAUACCCUCCAUGGCUGGCCGACCAAGGUCAACGCAGACCUGGAAGCCUACCGCAACGAACGUGGCUCGCUCUCAGUUCACGACGGUCUGCUGUACCACGGAUUUCGGAUCGUAGUCCCGGCAUCCGAGCGCAAAGCUACACUUGCCACUUUGCAUGACGGCCACCAAGGCAUAACCAAGUGCCUGGCCCGUGCGAAAUCCUCCGUCUGGUGGCCAGGUAUCACACGUGCCAUUUCACAAUGCGUGCAGAACUGCCUGACCUGCACCAAGCAUCGUUUUCAGCCGCCAGAGCCUCUGUCUCCAACUGUGUUUCCCUCUUUGCCAUGGGAGAGAAUAGGAGUCGACCUCUGCCAACAUGACGGUCAGGAGUACCUCAUUGCUGUCGACUACUUCUCCAGGUACAUUCACGCCAUCCCGCUACGGAAGACUACCUCUGGAGCCGUCAUCAAGGAACUCCACGAGCUGUUCGCCAUCCAUGGCAUCCCUCAAGCUCUUGUGUCGGACAACGGUCCACAGUUCGCAAGUGCUGAAUUCGCCGCAUUCACAGCCCAAAUGCAGCUCACCCACCGCACCAGUAGCCCGCACUACCCACAGAGCAACGGUGAAGCUGAGCGAGCGGUUCGAACAUUCAAGCGUCUCCUGAAGACCAACAACAGCCUCAACGAUGCCCUACUCAGUUACAGGUCAACACCCCUCGCAAAUGGCUACUCGCCAGCCGAGCUCUUGUUUGGUCGUCGUCUACGCACACACCUCCCAUGUACAGCGGAAUCCCUCGCUCCAAGUUGGCCUGAUAUUUCCAAGCUAAGGAAGUUCGAGGUGAGGCAGAAAGACCGACAGAGUGAGACGUACGACUCGUCACACCGAGCACAAUCUCUGCCACCAUUGACCCAAGGCGACCGAGUCUGGGUGCAAGAUCUCGCUUCCGAAGCGGUGAUUGCAGACCGCGUCUCCGACAGAUCCUAUAUUGUCACGACCGACAACCUGUCCGAGUACCGCCGCAACCGUCGCCACGUCAAGUUGCUACCUGAUGUGCAACCAACACCAACACCGCAGUUGAAUGUCACUACAUCUGCAGAACCUCCAUCCGCUGAUGUCGAGUUCCAGCCUACCUUGCGCCGAUCAGCACGUCCAUCCCGGCCGCUGAACAGACUCGACCUGUAA